CCUUCCAUCCUCCGUCAACAAUACCCUACUGUGCCAUCUCACUGCGUCGAUUACUAUUCAAUGCUUGCGUGGCCCGGAUUUGUUUCAUGCCAUGCAAUUCAAAUAGUGCUCCCUUCUGCUACUUUUUGUUGCCACUUCCUAACUCACGCUUCAUUCGAGAUUCUUGUUCAUCAUGUCGCAACCUACCAUUGUGUUGAUUCCCGGUGCCUGGCACGGUCCCCAGCACUUCACAACUUUGAUCAACAGCCUCAAGGAUCUAAAGUUUGAUGUCAUCACUCAGGCACUCCCUAGUCUGAACCCCCAGAAACCUCACGAACAAUCCGUCGCCAAUGAUGCGAAAUUCAUCAGGCAAGAGCUGCUUCUUCCCGUGCUCGGAGAGGGGAAAAACGUCAUACUUUUGAUGCACUCAUAUGGAGGCAUUCCAGGAGCAGAUGCCGCUAAAGGACUCAGCAAGACAGAGCGUCAGUCGUCCGGAGAGAAGGGAGGCAUUGUGGAGCUGAUAUUCAUCUGUGCUUUCCUUACGGGGGAAGGCGAGUCACUGAGCAGCAAGAUUCCAGAGGGACAAGGGGACAGUUGGGCUGUCCCGAUUAAGGACACAGCCCUACUGACUGUCAAUGGACCUAAAGCGAUCUUCUACAACGAUGUAGAUGACGAAACUGCGGAAUGGGCUGUCUCUCUUCUUCUUCCGCAGGCUGCGUCGAGUCUGGAUACGCCAAGUGGACCUCCUGCGUGGCAGGACUCUGCGUAUGACUGCAGACGGACGUAUAUUCAAACAACCAUGGACAAAGCAUUUCCCUUUGUUGGCCAAGAUGCUAUGGUGAAAUACAGUGGGGUUGAAUGGGAUGUCGUGAAGUUGGAGUCAGGUCAUAGCCCUUUCCUCAAUCAUUCGAAAGAGCUCGUGGAUGUUGUGUCCGCCAAAGUCAAGGCCCACGCCAGUUAG